AUGACAGCCGACAAGACAUCUUGGCACUGCUUGCCUGCAGAGAUCCGGAUUUUGGUCCUGGAAGCCUUACUGCAGGAUGGUUGUAGCUUGGCUGGCUUCGUCACAGUGUCGCGAGAGUGGCAGACGAUCAUCGAGCGGCACAACUUCGCCCGAAUCAAACUGACAUCGUCACGCCUCCCCGAUUUUGGUUCGAUUAUUCAUCGUAAUCGAUCUCUCGUGCGCUACGUAUGGCUUUGCUUGGAACUCGGAGAAUAUGAUUGCGCCCAGUGUGCGCCUCAAGAUCUGGAGAUGUGGGGGGUCAGCAACGCGGACAAUAUCCUGAUUACCACAGCAUUCCUGGAUCUGUUCUCAACUCUCAGCGCAUGGGAACCAAACGGCAACUUGCUGCUCGAUAUCAGCGUUCACUCUCCCAGCGACUCAGAACACUGGUUCAAAUAUCUGACUUUUGAGCCUGAUAUUCCUUCCGACGAGUGCGACCGGGGUCGAUGCGCAGAGCAGUCGAUGCUGGUCAAACUUGACGAUCACCGGCACGGUUGGAUUGCUGGCAGUCGAAAUUCCGCUCCGCUCGAUAAUGCUGCUAUCCACAAAGUUUUUGAUGAAAUCAUGGGCGAAGGACCGUUCGAUGAUGACGAACAGGAAAACCAGUGGUGGCAGCAACUGCCAUUAGUCCCGGCAAUAACAGGUCCGACCGCGUUGGCACAGAUGUUUGCCCGUCUUCCCAGACUCCAGAAAAUUCACUACGAGCCUUGGAGGGAAUGGUGUGAUUCUCAGCAGGGGUGGACGGAUCAAUCUUUCCAAUCGCUUUUUGAAUCGCUCGCUUCUAGCCAACUACGGAGACUCGUACUGUUCGAGAAUUUCAAUCAACAGUACCCGCUUAGUUUUACGGGUUGCGACCCUAUUCGAAUCCCGACCUCUGAUGUCAGCCGGGCGGUCGCCAACGCCAGUCUCAAGCUUGAGCACCUCUCAGCGUCGUUUAUUGUGGACGCCAGCUAUUUCUUCCAUACUCGCGAACCUUCCUGGAAGUGGCCUAGCUUGACUUCGCUUGCGCUGACUUCACAACUGCUCGCGCCCGAUGAGAGCCCGAUCGAUAUCGACAACAUGCUCCGGGCAGCGGCAGCAGCGGCCAUGAAAAUGCCAAAUCUUGAAACAAUGGAGAUAUGGAACGGACGAGAGGGAUUGGCGAUGCUCUUCAGAUACCAGCUAGCUGGGGGAGGGCGGCCUGCUGUGAUAACCUGGAGAGGAACAUGGGAAUUCGCCCUCCGACCUCCUGUGAUCCAGGCUUGGGAAGCUGUCGCACUGAAGCAUCGUGGUCACGGAUCGGUUAUUGUCAAGGAGUUGCUGGAUGUUGGUGCUGUUGUCAAGUCUCAUGUUGAUGCAAUCCACCAUUUGAAGCUUUUAAACCCGGUAAUUCGGCCCGUUUCGUUAUGGCAGAUUCGGAUGGAGCACAGAAUUCGCGAGGGAGUGCAUAACUGGUAG